AUGCCCGGUAUGCCCUUCGAAUUUGAAUAUGCCGUCAACGAUGUCGAAACCGCCAACGACUAUGCCCACAAGGCCAACAGCGAUGGCGAUGUGGUGACCGGUGAAUAUCGCGUCCAACUGCCCGAUGGCCGCACCCAAGUGGUACGCUACACCGCCGACUGGAAGACUGGCUAUCAUGCAGAUGUCAGCUAUGAAGGUGAACCUCAAUAUCCUCAGGGACCCAGUAGCAGACCCGGCUAUAAAUACUGA